ACGGGUAAUCGCGGAGAAGAGGGGAGGGUGAAGUUCAAGCGAAAACAGGACAGCGGUCGAUCAGUGUUCUGGACUCCGGGCUGCCGUGCACAUCCAACUCCAUUAUGAACUCAAUCGAUCGCUGUUCCACCACCGCUGUAAGUCUGAGAGGGCGGCGGGCCCUGUGACCGCAUCGCGGGCGAUGGCGCUCCGGGUCUGACCAGGAAGUCUCGCGAGAUUAGAAAUCGGCGCACAGGAGCGGGGGCAGAAGCCAUAGCGUUAGCUGGAGAGAGGCCGUGAGAGGGACCAGAGGCCGGUGGCGCCGGCAGAGCAGACUUUGGGGAAUCAGGUCGCCCACCAGAAGCACCGUUCUCCCCCCAGAGGACCUCUGUGGUGAAACCAUAGCUCAGCAGAGGUAAACCCCAGAGUUCUCCGUACUCUUCAGGGAUGAGUCAUGUGGCAGAGGAAGAUGAGCUUGGGCUGGACCAGCAGUUGGCUGGCCUAGACCUGACGUCUCCAGACAGCCAGAGCGGGGCAAGCACAGCCAGCAAAGGGCGCUACAUCCCUCCUCACCUGCGGAACAGGGAGGCUACGAAAGCGUCCUACGACAAAGACAGCUCACGGUGGAGUAAAGACAAGGAUGCCUACAGCAGCUUUGGUUCCCGCAGUGACACGAGAGCCAAGUCGAGUUUCUUCAGCGACCGCGGAAGUGGCUCCAGAGGAAGGUUUGAUGACCGCGGGCGGAGUGACUAUGAGGGCGUUGGCAGCCGUGGAGGUAGAAGUGGCUUUGGCAAAUUUGAGCGGGGCGGGAACAGUCGCUGGUGUGACAAAGCAGACGAGGAUGACUGGUCUAAACCACUCCCACCAAGCGAACGCUUGGAACAGGAGCUCUUUUCUGGAGGCAAUACUGGGAUUAACUUUGAGAAAUAUGAUGACAUUCCAGUUGAAGCGACAGGGAAUAACUGCCCUCCACAUAUUGAAAGUUUCAGCGACGUCGAGAUGGGAGAAAUUAUUAUGGGAAACAUCGAGCUCACUCGUUAUACACGCCCAACUCCGGUACAAAAGCAUGCUAUUCCUAUUAUCAAGGAGAAAAGAGACUUGAUGGCUUGUGCUCAAACAGGGUCUGGAAAAACGGCAGCUUUUCUUCUACCUAUCUUGAGUCAGAUCUAUACAGAUGGUCCAGGUGAGGCUUUGAGGGCCAUGAAGGAGAAUGGAAAGUAUGGGCGUCGCAAACAGUAUCCGAUCUCCUUGGUUUUGGCUCCGACCAGAGAAUUGGCAGUGCAGAUCUAUGAGGAGGCCAGGAAAUUCUCAUACCGAUCUCGAGUUCGACCUUGUGUGGUUUAUGGUGGAGCUGAUAUUGGGCAGCAGAUUCGAGACUUGGAACGUGGCUGUCACUUGUUAGUAGCUACUCCAGGACGGCUAGUGGACAUGAUGGAGAGAGGAAAGAUCGGACUGGACUUCUGCAAAUACUUGGUGUUAGACGAAGCGGAUCGAAUGUUGGACAUGGGCUUUGAGCCUCAGAUACGAAGAAUAGUUGAACAAGACACCAUGCCUCCAAAAGGUGUCCGUCACACUAUGAUGUUUAGCGCUACUUUUCCUAAGGAAAUACAGAUGCUGGCUCGGGAUUUCUUGGAUGAAUAUAUCUUUCUGGCCGUAGGAAGAGUCGGAUCUACUUCUGAGAACAUCACACAGAAAGUUGUGUGGGUGGAAGAAGCAGACAAGCGGUCAUUUCUGCUUGACCUCCUGAAUGCGACAGGCAAGGAUUCCCUGAUAUUGGUGUUCGUGGAAACCAAAAAGGGUGCAGAUUCUCUGGAGGAUUUCUUAUACCAUGAAGGAUAUGCUUGUACCAGUAUUCAUGGAGACCGAUCUCAGCGAGAUAGGGAAGAGGCCCUUCACCAAUUCCGAUCAGGAAAAAGUCCAAUUCUCGUGGCUACAGCAGUAGCAGCAAGAGGACUGGAUAUUUCCAAUGUGAAACAUGUCAUCAAUUUCGACUUGCCUAGUGACAUCGAAGAAUAUGUGCAUCGAAUUGGCCGUACAGGUCGUGUUGGAAACCUUGGCCUUGCCACCUCAUUCUUCAACGAGAGGAACAUAAAUAUUACCAAAGAUUUAUUGGAUCUUCUUGUUGAAGCAAAACAAGAAGUGCCAUCUUGGCUAGAAAACAUGGCUUUUGAACAUCAUUACAAGGGUGGCAGUCGUGGACGGUCCAAGAGCAGAUUUAGUGGAGGAUUUGGUGCUAGAGACUAUCGACAAAGUAGCGGUGCCAGCAGUUCCAGCUUCAGCAGUGGCCGUGCUAGCAACAGUCGCAGUGGUGGAGGCAGCCAUGGCAGCAGCAGAGGGUUUGGUGGAGGUAGCUAUGGAGGCUUUUACAAUAGUGAUGGAUAUGGAGGAAAUUAUAGCUCCCAGGGGGUUGACUGGUGGGGUAACUGAGCCAGCUUUGCCAUAGGUCACUCUAUCAAAUACAGAAACCACCACAUGCAACUUUGCCAGACUAUACCUUGUAUAGCUUCAAGAACUCACAGCACAUUGCCGCCCGUGAUUCCCCUCUGAAUACGUUUUAAGGGAGCUUAAAGUGAGAAGAAGAAAGGGACAAUCCAGAAGCCCCGUUCAGAAGGUGGUUUAAAGACUUGAUUGUUGUAGUUUGGAUUAACUCUCCUCUUACUCCCCCAUCCUACUCUGCAUUUAUAACUUCAUGAGUAAGGAUCAUUUGUUUGUUAAUGUGCUGUACCUUACUUUAGACAACUUUUAUUCUGAUGUCCCGUUGGCUCAGUAAUGCUUAAGAUAUCAAAUUUUUUUAACAAAAUAAAUUUUCUGAACUUGGGCUAAGAAAACGAAGAAAGGGACAGGUAUUUAUUAUGGGAAUGGGACUGUCCUUAAGUAUUCCUUAGGUACUCUGAGAAAGGCAGGGGUGAGGCCCAGGAUGAAGGAUGGCAUUUCGGAAAUGUAUAACAGCCCAGGGGUUCAAGAGUAGUUAUGGUUGAAAUACCUGUUUAAGUGUACAGUUCUAGUUGCUAAACUUAGCACGACCAGGAAAUGCAAUGGCAUUUUUAUUUUCCUGUGUACUUUAAUCCUUUGUUAGUAGUCAUCCUCAGUGAAAUGUAGUGGCAGCCUUUGGGAGUCACUAGUCAGUAUUCAUGCUUAGUACCGUGACAUAGAGGAUCUAAACAGCUCCAAAUAAAUGGUAUCAAGAAACC